CGUCUAUUUGUACCACGGGGUAUAUAUUUCCCACCGGAAUAAACAUGAUUAACAGUUUUUGAUCCCCAUGCAGCUGGACAAGUCUGCUUGAGCUGAGCUGAUAACAAGACGCCAGCUAAUCUUCGCUGGGUUUCUUCUAAUUAAAAAAUAAGCUGGUUAAAAUUCCGUAUAUCGUUUUUUAAAAUCUCACAAUGGGUUUCAUGCGUUCGUUACUGGGAUCCAUAAAAUUUUGGUAUGCCGCAAUCCGAGACCUCAUCCUUCUAGUCUUAUACAUUUUCUACACAUAUCUGGGAAUUUUGUGGAGGUGGGUUUUUCCCCGGAAGCCGAAAUCACUCAAGAACGAGAUAAUUUUGAUUACAGGAUCCGCAAAUGGAAUUGGGCGACAGAUAUGUCUCAAGUUGGUCGACUCGGGGGCAAAAAUGGUCUGCUGGGAUAUUAGCAAGAGGGAAAAUAAUGCCCUCAUCGUCGAGCUUAAGUCGUUGGGAGGUGAAGCGUUCGGAUAUGAAGUGGACGUCAGCGAUUUGGGACAAGUACAAAGAACAGCGGCGUUGGUCAAAGACCAAGUGGGCGAUGUCACCAUGAUCAUAAACAAUGCGGGAAUAAUGCCUGUUCAUAACUUUCUAAGUCACAACCCCCGCGAGAUUACGCGUUGCUUUUCCGUCAACGUGUACGGCCCGAUGUGGAUCCUUCGCGAGUUUCUCCCCUACAUGAUUGACAUUCGGAGGGGACAUGUCGUCACGAUUUGUUCCUUCGGAGGAAUUCUCGGCUCGAGAAACUUGACCGCUUAUUGUGGCACGAAGCAUGCCAUCAACGGGGUCAUGGAGUCGAUGCGGGAUGAGGUUCGCGUCCAUCCGUCCAAACCGGAUAUCAAGUUUACAACCGUGUAUCCGUCGUGUUGCAAUACGUCGUUUGCGCAAAAUGUGAUACAUUCAAGAUUCCCCUGGCUUCUCCCAGAAAUGGUUGAGCCCGACUACGUGGCUGAAAAGACGGUGGAAGGAAUCCUUUACAACCGAGAUUACGUCUUUAUCCCACCCAUUUUCAACUUUAUGUCGAGGAUUCUCAGAGCCUUCCCAGCCAACGUUUACUGGGCGAUGCUCGACUUUGUCAACUAUUAUGUGGAACCCAAAGAAAACACGAGGGUCAUGGCAGGACCCAAACUCAACGGCUCAGGUUAAGUAAUUCUUUGCAAGCCAGAAGAAUACUAAAAAAUCAAACGAUUCUCAAAUUCGAAAUCUCAUUUUUCUCAUAAAAAUAUUUUGGAAACUGAAUAAAAGUCAAUAAUUUAUUACAAAGUCGGGA